CUUUUCUUUUCUCGGUAUUGUCCCAGUGCUGAUUCCAUGUUUUGAACAAACUCUAAAAACUGCUCGACUCCAUCGCGGAGCCGGACAUCUCGGGGUUUCUCACGGAACUGCACACAGUUCAAGAGCACAGAGAACUCAUCGAGAGUUGUAAGACGUGGGACUGCAACGUUGGGGGCGCAGUAGCUUACGGUACGGCGCUGGUUAUGGAAUGUGAAAAGCCGUUGGAAGACAACUAACCUGUGGAUGGUGAGAGUUGGUCUCUAACUAACUGCUCAGUAGAGAGUUCCGGCUUGAAGCUUGUUCCUUCGUCCAUGUGGAUUCUGGAAUGGCUAAUGAGAGAGAGGGCCCUGCCUGAAACUGUCACUGUCAACGGUGCGUGCAACCAAGCCCAAUGUGGUGAAGAAAGGGUUCGCCGUCGGCAGUUGGCGGGGAUAUGCUCAAUACGGGCAUGGGAAGAGAAAAAAGUAAGGCGAAAAUGACAGACCGAUGAUGUAAUCGACAAAAAAAAUCGAGCCAAGGACCCUGACCCGCGGGAGUAGCUGAAACUGCUGAUGAUUUGGGUGGUGAUAUCUAGAAGCAAUUAUCACGAGAAACAGAGACUCUUUUUGUAAACAACAAAAACAGAGAGGGAAAGACCACAGCAUGGUAAUCGCAUAGACUCUAAUUACUUCCCCAGUGAUCUUCUAUAGACCCUCAAUUGAUCAUUCUCAUCGCGUGCAUCGUAACAAAACCCCUGCUUUUUCUACAGCCAAGCUCCUCUUCUGAUCCGCUUCUUUUUUUUGUCAACCCCGCCAACAUGCUACCUCCUAAACACUCCCGCUAAAAUUGUUAGUACAUACACCUGGUGCUCUUAUCACAUCAUGGCCUUGCCAUGGCCUCCUCGGCUCUACCUCCGCCUAAUACGGUCCUGAUGUGCACAUCGAGAUCCUCCCUUUCUCCCCUUCUUCAUCAAAACAUCGACUCCCCCGCCCAUGAGCGUCAUCAAGACGUCGCACAACACGCACACAAUCCACGAAUACAUGUCUCGACCUCAAGUCUUCAAUUUCUUUCCGAUCUGGUCCUAUUCGACUUCUCUUUGAUCCGGCCGGCCAUAUCCUCCCGUUUUUACCGAUCAUGGCCACAACUCCUCCCUCCGCCGCGGCUACAACCCUCCGAGACUCAAGACAGCCGACUCCUGCUUCUCCUAUCGCUCCUACGCCGACUGCGGCUGUUCCUGUUCUCUUGACGUCUGCUUCCGAAUCUAGCGAUGAUGGAAUUCGUCUGAGUCCGGCCGCUGCUCGCCGCUUCGCCCGCCGCAACCUUCGCCGCACAUCUCCAACUCCCGACCUUGUCACUAGUCUCGUUCGUCCGCCCUCGCCAGAUACUUUUUAUGUUGGAGCACAAGCCUCGCAGCAAGUUGGACAAGAUGUCAGGGCCAGAAUUGAUCCCUCAUACUCGGGUCUUUUGAUACCAAACGUUAACUCGGAUCGUCGAACCGGACCCCUCCUAGCUCCACAUCCAUCUUCCCUCGGAAUACCCAAACGAUAUGGCGGCAACUGCAUCUUCGAUAUGUAUUCUUUGACAUAUGUCAAUGAACCAGAUGCCAACUUACUCUGUCCCAUCUGUCAUGAUCCGCUGGUGGAUCCGGUUACAACUCCCUGCGAUCACACAUUCUGCUACCGAUGCUUGCGACAAAGCAUUGAUUCUAGUCCUUCCGGAACGGCCUGUCCCAUUGACCGAGAGCCUCUCGCCUGGCCCAACUGCUUCAGCGCACCACGGCUCAUUCGCACUCAGCUUAAUAACCUCAAAGUCAAGUGUCCUUACCAUGCACGAGGCUGCAAAUCGGAAGUUCGUCGGGAGGUUGUCGAAACACAUGCUACGACGGAAUGCCGGUUCAAGGACUUUACCUGCCCCGGCGCUGAUUGUGACAAGAGAUUGCGUUCUAAACCCGAAGAUGAUACUUGCCCCCACAAGGAGGAUACAUGUUUACACUGCAAAGUGACAAUCGAGGCUACUGACCGGGAACUGCAUUUGUUAUCAUGUCCGAACAGCAAAACUCGCUGUGAGACAUGCUGGAAGCUCGUAUACCGCAGCCAAACCAAGGAACAUGAUGAAUUAGAAUGCGAAGGUGCUGUCAUCAACUGUCCUUAUAGCGAGUUUGGUUGUCCGGCUCGUGCGAUGCGCGGACAUAUGGACGCUCAUACUCUAGCUUGCGCAUUCCACCCAGAUACGCCGUCAGGCAUGAUAAUUCGCUCACAACGAGAAAUCAUAGAUUCCUACACCAACCUCGGCCAACAAGUACAGCAACUCCAGACUCGCCAGGACGAGACAAAUCAACGCAUCACGGAAUUCAACUCAUCUCUCAGCCGCCGGGGUGUGGGCGACUCGGUAAUGGGAGACAACCGCACAAUUCAAGACCUCGACGCUGGUUUCGAAGAAGUUCACCAGAACCUAACACACCUCGAGGCACGGCAGAGUAUGUGGACUAUCAACCAAAUCAUGCCCAUCCGUGAGGAGGUAACUGAACUGCGAAACAAUAUUAACAUGAUUCGAAUGCAUGUUAACUGGCUCCUGAACCGAAGCCGCGAAGAAGGCCGCAUAAGAGCAGCCGCGAGCUCUGGAUCCACGGCGACUUUGCAGAGGGACAGGUCGGUAGAAGGCCCUCGUCUCGCGGAACGUCGUCGAUCAGCUAGUGUCGAAGGAACAGAUCUGCCCCGUCUGUGAUUAUUGUUUUCUUUCUUUCUUCUACUUUUCUUCUUUUUAAUCUUUUACUGGCGUAAACGGUUUAUGGAAUACCCCGGCAUUUACACGUAGGCUUAGUCGGAAAAGGGUUAUGAAUCAUUGAGCAUCGCGGUAGUCUUUUAUCAUAGAUUUAUUUUGAUCAGAUGACUCAGGUUUGAUAUCCAAUGUGUGUUUUAUAUGUUUGGAUGCUUCUUGUGGCACAUUGCCUAUUUCAGACAUGACGCUGCGUCGCUUAAAGAUUUUGAAAGCCUGACGUCAGGGGUCUAGAACUUCAUUCUUUUUCACAUAUAUCGUCAUUCGUAAAAAAGCUUUGGUUCUGACUUUACGAAAAAGGUAGCCUGGUCAUAAGGGAUGAAAGUGUUUAACAAACACGUCAUGAUUGGUCUUGAAACUCCUCCUAUAAAAUAUCAGAUCCAAUCCUAGAUCUUAAUCAUGAUACAGGAAAUGGAGAUGCUGCAUCCUCGAGUCUAUAUCACCUCAGCUUAGACAUGGCCAUCAGUGCUCGGAAACCGUGAGCCACUUUAUUUAUAUUGCGGAGUUUGGAAGAGUGCUGCGGAGUUUGGGACAUGAUUUGGCAGGCCAACAUAAAUCUUACGGCUUCAAUCGUAGAUUCUCUGUUCAACUGAUAUCUAAUAUCUAUCAUUAAUAUCAUUACCAAUACCUCGGUGACUGUUUCUUCCAG